GCUGUGGCUUCUUUGCUGAGAUUAAAGAAGCUGCCUACAAAAUAAAAAAGGACAAAAAAUAAAGGCAAAGAGGAUGGAAGACCUGAGCUGUAUUCAGUGGCCAAGAGAGAAGCCUAUAUUUCCCAAGGGAUGGGCCGAGGGCUUGACUACUCCCCUGACCAUAAAUGGCUUUGCUGGGGCUCCCUGGGAACCACCUCUUGCCCUCCCUCUCCAGCUCUCCCAGUUGGAUGUUCCUGUGAAUGGGAGACACAAGCAAAACACCAGCAAGAAAGGAACUCGAAGAAGGCAGUGACUGGAGAAGGUUCUUGAAAGGCUGGUGGAAAUGAGUUUUUCACUAAACUUCACACUGCCAGCUAAUAUGACUUCCUUUCCAGUUGUUACAGGUGGGAAUGAAGCAGACUGUGGGCCCUCUGUUGGAUUAGCAGCAGGCAUCCCAUCUUUGGUGGCCACAGCCCUCCUGGUAGCCUUACUAUUUACUUUUGUUCACCGAAGAAGAAGAAGAAGAAGAAGCAGAAGCAGUGAGUCUGCUGAGGAAACUGAAAGACCAUGUGAAAUUUCAGAAAUCUAUGACAAACCCAAGAUAUCUGAAAAUCCUAGGAGGUCACCCACACAUAUGAAGAAUACUACAGGAGCACAAGAAGCCCACAUAUAUGUGAAGACUGUAGCAGGAAGCGAGCAGCCCCUGCCUGACACUUACCAUCCUCCUGAAGAAAUAGAGAGAAGGAGGGGACUGUGGUGGCUUAUACCUAGACUAAGCCUGGAAUGAUGUAACUUAGUCAAGGAGCAGAUCUGGAUCCAAACAGGGCCAAAGACAUAGGGAUUUGUACUUGGAGAGGACAGAUGCCAAGCUGCUUCUUAACCAAUUCACAUUUCAUUUGUAGAUGUGGAAUACUUUUGGGUGGAUUUAUCUCUUUAGGGGAUGGUUCCAGUAAGGUUCAUUCUGACUCUCAGAUCUAUUGUUUAAUAAGUAGUGAAACACCAUAUGUGUUUACUAUACAUCCAGAUGAACUCCUAAGCUUCUGUCUUGACUCCAGUGGGAAUUUGCCUUUGUGAUUUUGGGAAAAGGGCCUGGUUUCUGAGUGUCUUGCCUUUUCAUCUUUUUAUUACAUCCCUUUUCUCAAAAAAGGUAUCAGGCCUGGCUUCUGUAGGAAUGUUGGCCAAGGUCAGCCCAGUAUAAGUUAGAAUAUAAAUGAAACUUAUGUGAAAUGCAUGAGGGGAAGUCAUUUCUUAUUUCUUCAGUCUAAUACUCUCCCAAAUGUGGUAUUCAGCUCGCUAUUUCUUAUUUCUGAAUAUCUCAGAAUAAAAGGCCAUAUGGAGCCACACAUUUCCUGAUCAUAGGGCAGGAUAUGGUUUGGUCAUGUCACGCAGCAGCCUAAAGAAAAUUGGACCUGCCACUGAACAACUGUAUGACUUUUGGAGAAGUCAGUUAACUUCUCCAAGCCAUAGUCUUUGGUUUUGUCUAAGAGGGGAUUUAUAUUACUUGAUUUGUGAGGUCAUUAAAAAAAUUAAAGAAGAAAUAAAGGGAAGUGUUUGCCACUUUAACUAUUAAAAAUUUUAGUUCUCUUUCCCUACCUACUUUUUCUUACCUCUUCCUAUAGUGCUUGUCUGAUAAAGUCAAACAGCUGAUCACCAGUAC